AGAGAGAGAGAGCCCAGUCAUUCAUAUCCUCUCACUCCGAUGGCGUCACUUGUGACGUCAGCCAGCCCUACCAAUCCGCGAUGACGUCACCGCCCUCGUCCGCAGUGGACUUCAGCAUCCGAAGACGGAAGCAGGAUCCCUUCUCCCUCCCGGGCCUCCCCUGGAACUCCCCUCUCAUUCUCUCUCUCUCUCUCUGGUUUUCAUUCUUGUUUUUUCUCUGAUUUGGAUUGCUUCUUUAUGUGUGAUUUUGGUUGUCUCUGUUGCGUUGAGUUGGUGUUUGUUGGUGUUUUUUGUUUAAUGUGAUUUGAGUGUUUUUGUUUUUGGGCGUUGGAUUUGAUGAAUUUGAUUCAUUGAUGUGAGGGUUGUUGGUGGUGUUGAGGAAUUUGGGAAGGAUUUUGUGUUUGUGUGAAUUUGUUUGAUGGUUUUGGGAAUUAGAUUCACUGGGAAUUAGUUGAUGUGAAUUGGGGUUUUUUGCGGAGGAAUUUUGAUGAUACCUAGAUUGAGAUUUGUUUCUUGCGAAAUUUCGCAUUGAAUUCGUUGAAAAUUCGGAUUUUUAUGAAGUAUUUAAUGGUAGAUGGAUUGAGAUUUAUGAGAAAAAUCGGUUUUUUUGGGUCAUUGGAUGCGUGAAAGCUUGGAGAAUUGAGUUCUAGGGAUUUGGAGAACCAUGGCGGAUAGCACACCGGAGCCUUCGUCUUCGUUGAGCAUCACCUCAUCCUCGGUCGUCUCCAAUGGCUCCAGUGCGCCGGCCGGGACUAGCCUCGAGAUCGUCAGCCUCUCGCGUCUCAGUUGCAACCUCGAGCGUCUUCUAAUCGACCAGGAGCUUGACUGCAGCGACGCCGAUAUCGUCCCUGCCGACGGCGCCCCUGUCGGCGUCCACCGCUGCAUUCUCGCCGCGCGGAGCCCCUUUUUCCGCGAGCUUUUCUCUCGCAACCCUCGCCCUGAGGGGCGUCCAAGGUAUGUGAUGAGCGAGCUUGUGCCUCAGGGCAAGGUUGGCCGUGAGGCUUUCAUGGCGUUCUUGAGCUACUUGUAUACAGGGAAACUGAGGCCAGCUCCGGUGGAGGUUUCUACAUGUGUUGAUCAUAUGUGCGCACAUGAUGCUUGCCGCCCUGCCAUUAACUUCGUGGUGGAGUUGAUGUAUGCUUCCUCUGUUUUUCAGAUACCAGAGCUUGUCUCUCUCUUCCAGCGACGGCUUUACAAUUUUGUUGAUAAAGCUCUUGUUGAAGAUGUUAUGCCGAUUCUUAUGGUCGCUUUUGACUCGAAGCGUGAUCAAUUGCUCGCUCAUUGUAUUCAAAGAGUGACAAGGUCUGAUAUGAAUGAUACUUAUCUUGAGAAAGAGCUGCCUCAUGAAGUUGCAGAGGAGAUAAAAUUAUCACGCAAGAAAUUCAAACCUGAGGAUUAUGAAAAUGUAGACCCUGUCUUUGAGAAAAGAGUUAGGAGAAUUCACAGGGCAUUGGAUUCAGAUGAUGUAGAACUUGUGAAGUUGCUUCUGAGUGAGUCUGAAAUGACUUUGGACGAUGCGUAUGCUUUACAUUAUGCGGCUGCCUAUUGUGAUUCAAAAGUUGUGUCCGAAGUUUUAGACCUUGGUCUUGCUAAUGUGAAUUUGAAGGAUGGCAGAGGAUACACUCCUCUCCAUAUGGCUGCCUUGCGAAUGCUGCCUGCUGUUAUAAUAUCCCUUCUGAGCAAGGGUGCCUCUGUAACAGACACAACUGAUGAUGGCCGAAAUGCUGCGAGCAUUUGCCGGAGGCAGACAAGAUUGAAAGAUUUUCUUGAGAAGACAGAGAAGUGCCAAGAGGCAAAUAAAGAUCGGAUUUGCAUUGAGAUUCUGGAAAGAGAGAUCAGGAGAAAACCGCACGCUGUGCCGGAGUCAAUUUCAUCCCCAUUAUUGGCUGAUGGCCUUCACAUGAAACUUCUAUAUUUGGAGAACAGAGUUGCAUUUGCAAGACUGUUCUUUCCUCUUGAAGCAAAGGUGGCCAUGGAGAUUGCAAAUGCAGACAAUACUACAGAAUUUGCCGGGCAGUCUACAUCACGAAGUUCCCGCAACCUGAGGGAGGUUGAUCUAAAUGAAACGCCCGCAAUGCGAGAUAAAAGGCUUCAGUCGAGAGUAGACGCUCUUACAAGAACAGUGGAGUAUGGUCGGCGCUUCUUCCCUAACUGCUCAGAAGUUCUAGAUAACUUCAUGGAGGACGACCUGCCUGAUCUGUUCUUCCUUCAGAAGGGAACACCUGACGAACAAAAGAUCAAACGGGCUCGCUUCUGUGAACUUAAGGAUGUUGUCCUUAAGGCCUUCAACAAGGACAAGGCCGAGAGCAAGCGCUCAGGCCUUUCAUCCUCAUCCUCAUCGUCGUCCUCAAUUAAAGGAGACAUGAGACAACAGAAAGCUGCGAGAAAAGAAAUCUGUAAAGUUUAAGGCUAUUGUAGAUAUCGAAUAAAAGAAAAAGACAUAUAUAUAUAUAUAUAUUGGUUUUGACAUGAGAUGCGUCGCUUGAUACCUCGUCUUCCACCUUCUGUCAUUGCAGAAAGGAUAGCGAGGAAUUUUUUUACCGUUUUACUGCAUCAAAGUAAACUAGUUUUACUUGUUGUGUUAACAAUUUCCUGACUUUAGAUUGUAAUAGCAUUUCACCUUUAUGUAUAAAUAAGGUUGUUAAAGUUUCUUUA